AUGGCCACCUUCUCCGUCAAGUCCAUCGACCACGUUGUCCUCACAGUCAAAGAUAUCCCCGCAACAAUCGACUUCUACACAACUCGUCUGGGCAUGAAGCACGAGAAGUUCACCUCCAAGGACUCCGGGAGACAUGCUCCCCUGUUCGGCAAGCAAAAGCUCAAUCUGCAUCAAUCCGGGAAGGAGUUCGAGCCGAAAGCAAGUCAUGUGCAGCCGGGUUCGGAGGAUCUGUGUUUCAUUACCGAUCAUCCCAUCGAGGAAGUUUUGAAGUCAUGGAAGUCGAGCGGGAUUGAGAUCCUGGAAGGUGGCCAGAUCGUAGACCGGACUGGUGCCGCUGGCAAGCUUCGUAGCGUAUACUGUCGUGACCCUGAUGGCAACCUCAUAGAGUAG